CAAUAAUCCGUCUGUUUGAUCGGAUCUGAUUCACAGGGAGGGAAGAAAAAGAAGACCAUGGCAGGGGCGGCCUCAGCGCUGUUUCUGCUCGAUAUCAAGGGUCGUGUUCUGGUGUGGCGCGAUUACCGUGGCGAUGUCACCGCUGCUCAAGCUGAGCGUUUCUUCACCAAACUCAUUGAGAAAGAGGGUGAUUCACAGUCAAAUGAUCCGGUUGCUUACGAUAAUGGGGUGACCUACAUGUUUGUACAGCAUAGUAACAUUUACCUCAUGAUAGCGUCCAGGCAGAACUGUAAUGCUGCCAGUCUUCUCUUCUUCUUGCAUCGCGUUGUCGAUGUCUUCAAACAUUACUUCGAGGAGUUAGAGGAAGAAUCUUUGAGAGAUAACUUUGUGGUGGUGUAUGAGUUACUUGACGAGAUGAUGGACUUUGGUUACCCUCAGUAUACUGAGGCAAGAAUCCUUAGUGAAUUCAUCAAGACUGAUGCAUAUAGAAUGGAAGUUACACAGAGACCUCCAAUGGCUGUCACUAAUGCUGUCUCAUGGAGGAGUGAGGGGUUACAGUUUAAGAAAAACGAAGUUUUCUUGGAUGUAAUAGAGAGUGUAAAUAUCCUUGUGAACAGUAAUGGGCAAAUUGUCAGGUCUGAUGUCGUUGGAGCGUUGAAGAUGCGAACAUACUUGAGUGGAAUGCCAGAGUGUAAGCUAGGCUUGAAUGAUAGAGUAUUGUUGGAGGCACAGGGACGAGCAACAAAAGGAAAAGCCAUUGAUUUGGAGGACAUCAAAUUUCAUCAGUGUGUUCGAUUAGCCCGUUUUGAGAACGACAGGACAAUAUCUUUCAUACCACCUGAUGGAUCUUUUGAUCUAAUGACGUAUAGACUCAGUACUCAGGUAAAGCCUCUUAUAUGGGUGGAAGCGCAAAUAGAGAGGCAUUCAAGAAGUCGUGUUGAGAUGCUAGUAAAAGCUAGAAGCCAAUUCAAGGAAAGAAGCACUGCAACAAAUGUUGAGAUUGAGUUGCCUGUACCAACCGAUGCAUCUAACCCCAAUGUAAGAACAUCUCUUGGGUCUGCCGCAUAUGCUCCCGAAAAAGAUGCACUGGUCUGGAAAAUCAAAUCUUUCCCAGGGAACAAGGAGUAUAUGUUGAGAGCAGAGUUCCAUCUUCCAAGUAUAACCGCAGAGGAAGCAACGCCUGAGCGAAAAGCUCCAAUCCGUGUCAAAUUCGAGAUCCCAUACUUCACAGUUUCAGGAAUACAGGUUCGAUACCUGAAGAUCAUUGAGAAGAGUGGUUACCAAGCUCUUCCAUGGGUGAGAUAUAUAACCAUGGCUGCCUUCUGUGGAACAAAGUCACUUUACGUGGCACGUCGACAGCCGAAAAAUCGAGUAGAAGCUAUCAUUCCUUAUGCUAAAGACGUCACUAACUCUUUUUGGGAUUGCUACGAUGUGUUGGGCCAAUCUUUUUCCCAUAUGAAACUCUUAAGAAUGGAGAAGAAAGGAGGAAUAGCUUCGGUUGUUGCUAGUUGUUCGACCCAUCCGCUACAUCUCCUCAAGGUCCGUAUGCAGCUCAAAGGCGAUUCCAACCCGCUUUUGCCUUCCAUUCCACGUCUCCUCUGCUUCUGUCCACGCGCCUCUUUCUCCGCGUGUGGGCAUAAUCGAUGUAUAAUCCGUCAAGAAGCAGUGUGUGCUCUGUUCCCGUAAGAGUUCAGUAUAUAAAUAACAUUUUUUUCU